UGGCAAGGUAAAGUAGACAGAAACACAUCUGUCACAAGAACGUUUUUUCACUUGCGGCAAGAAGAUGCCUCGAUGAAAGCAAUUCCUCGAAGAUCGCGUAUGGAAACUCUGAUACAGGAAAGGAGACUAAGGAACAUUCAAUUCUCUACCAGACACACCUCUGGUGAAAUUGCAAAUCUACUGGCGACGAAUAUUCCAACUCUGGCGGGAGUAAACCUCUCAAUGUAUUUUCUUUAAGCACGUUUUCAAUGUUCACGCUUCAUAUACAGUAACAUUUUGAUCAAGACAUUGAAAUUUUCACAAGUUUUGUCUUCUAAUUUUCUGUCUCUGGAUAUGACAAGUUUACAAAAUUGCCAGGUAUCUUUCAAAGGGGGUAGAUAAAGGCAGACAUUGUGAAUUUAGGGUGAAUUUAAUUACUCGCUAUGAACGUGCUGUGCUACACAGCAGCAGCACGACUUUGUUUCAAAUGAAGGGAAACGAAAGGUGAUUCCUCAGAAAAAAAAGUUAUUGAACAAUUUUUUUAGCUUUCUUUAAGUGUUCGCUACCAAUGUCUGCCUCGAAAAAUAUAAUGAUGGGAAAGAUAGGUAAGAGAUGGGGCAAAUCUUACCCCACUUAUGCCUGAACUGGUACUAGCUCAUCGGUUCACGGUACAUUUUGCGGUAGCUGGAAAAAAGGGUUUUUAUAGUAACAUUUGAGAACAAAAAACUUGAUAGGUAUAGAAGGUCUCGAGAGUAAGGAACAAUUUGAAACAAAAAUUGUGGAAAAAUUAUGCAAUUUUAAACGAAAUAGACUCGAAACGUUCCUCGAUUUUUAUCUUAAUAUCUAGCUAAAUUUGAAUGCAAAAGUAAAUAUUUUAAUAUACUAACUAGUUAAUCAAUUAAUUAGUAAAGUCCUGUUAAACGAUGUCGACAACAAUGCACUGAGGUUAUAAAUCACCCAGCAAACUUUGUGGUAGUGGCGCCGGCGUCCGACGGACGGCCUCACAAAUGGAUACAAUAUUCAAAAUUCACUCAGACAGAGGAUAAAGAAACUGUUUAUUGACUCUGGAGGUUAAUUGUUACAAGUAUCUAAAAAAGCAAUGUGGCAUGUGUACAGCUUGCGCUGAGCUUAUAAUUAUCACCCACAUUGAAUUAAUCUGUGAUAAUUUAUUGGAGGAAAAACCCCAUUUUAGAUUGAAAAUCCUAGACUAGCUUGUUUACUUUGCAAUACCAAUUUUUUUUAAUACACCACGAAGAGCUCUUAACAGUGUUUGAAUUUUUUUGAGUCGUCAUUCAGUUGUGGUAGUUGUUUCAGUUGCAAUAUAUCCCUUUCCUGAACACCCCAAUCACUGAAGGCAUUUCUAAAAUGAAGCACUGAUUGGGAAGUAUUUGCAUAAAGUUUACUUAAGAUAUUUACCUUUCACAACUUUUGAUCAUAUGUAAAACUUUAAAUUUAAAGUACAUGUAAAUGUUCCAUUUAAAAUUUUGUAGCUCACAUUUUCAACAAUCCCAUCAUAAUUGCUCAAAUUGUUGUUCUAUUGAUAGCAUUGUUAACUGCAGUAACAUCUGCAGUGACAACUGCAUUAACAUCAUCUGUAACAUCAACAGCAAGAUCACCAGUAACAUCAACAGUUACCUUGGCAACAGUGACACCUACUGUUGCACCAUCACUAUCUGUAGCUGGUCCUUUGCCAUUAGGAAGAGAUGCUAAAGUUAUAGCUUGCCCUGGCCUCUUAGACAGCUGUUUGGUCUUUGUGGCACACAACAGAUCACCUUGUGUGUCACAUAUGCUCGAACGUGUUGGUGAAGAUCCACGUCCCCUAAGUGGUGCCUAUGUCUUUAUUCUGCAACAAGCUGGUGUUACCAAACGCCAAGUCAUUGCUGCGUGGUUGUCAGGUAUAUGA